GGCAAUUGUUUAGCGCAAGGUGUGCCUCAGUGUUCUCUUCGCGGUCCUUAUCGUUUGUUUCUAUACGAAGACAUCGUCAGUGCACCUCCGAUUAUUUUUUUGUUUGUUUUAUAGUGGAUGUAAGUGAGUGAAAAAAAUACCUACAUAAUUUGACAGAAAAAACAAGUGCUGAUCGAUCGAGUUUCUCGAAAGUGAAUUGUGUCAGAUUUGUAUCAGGAUUAUUUUAUCUUCUUCCUACAUGUGCAAAAAUGACGACUGUUACAAUGUCAAAUACAACACCACUAAAACGGGAGAUCCAAACUUCUUCUGCAAACGUACUUAUGUGCAAACAAUGGUGGAAAGUUUGUUGGAUGUACGGGGACCAAGAAAAAUACUACCGUCAACUCUACGGACGUCGUGGAGGCUCAAAAAACUUCAAAAAACCAUACGCAGGCAUCAACGCAGUGUUAAAUAAAAAUAACGACGAAAACAGUGCAAGUUUGUACGAAAAUACAGCGCUAAGGAACUCACAGGUGUCUCCGGUUGUGAAUAACAGUGGGUUUGUGUUCGAUGAGUUGCGAUUACCGUCACCAAGUUCUCUGGGCCUGAGUUCGCUUGAUUUAACCAGAGGAAUCGAUGAAUCCGUAUGUCGCAAUUGUCCUUGGCCUGACCAAGGCGGCAUGUCUACCAACGAGGGCAUCAUCAGCGGGCCCAUGUCCCCACCGGCUUUGCCCUCUCCAGGGGGAAAGUUGCCCUCCCUGGACCCUGCAGAUCGGUUUUUGGGGAAGGGCUCCCCCUUCCAGCCAUCGCAAAACGGGGAUCCCCAAAGACAUUCUCAAAGUGACGAUGACUCCGGUUGUGCUCUGGAGGAGUAUACCUGGGUUCCACCAGGUCUCAGGCCAGAUCAGGUUCACUUAUACUUUAACGCCUUGCCUGAAGACAAGGUACCCUAUGUUAACUCAGCAGGAGAAAGGUACAGAGUUAGGCAACUCCUACAGCAGUUACCGCCUCACGACAACGAAGUCCGGUAUUGUCACGCACUCAGUGAUGAAGAAAGGAAAGAGUUGCGACUUUUUUCCGCUCAACGCAAGAGGGAAGCACUGGGCAGAGGAGCUGUGCGACAACUGCCGGGACCUAUGCAAUGUGAAAUGUGUGAAGAAACAAUGUCUUCGGGAGACAUCUGCGUAUUUGCUUCAAGAGCUGGUCCAAACACUUGUUGGCAUCCAGCGUGUUUCACCUGUUCCAUAUGCAGAGAACUUCUGGUCGAUUUGAUAUAUUUCUACAAAGAAGGAAGACUAUAUUGUGGAAGACACCAUGCUGAAACCAUCAAGCCCAGAUGCUCUGCAUGUGAUGAGAUUAUUCUUGCCGAUGAAUGUACUGAAGCAGAGGGCAGAGCGUGGCACAUGAAACACUUCGCUUGUUCCGAGUGCGAACGCCAAUUAGGGGGUCAAAGAUACAUAAUGAGGGAUGGAAGACCCUACUGCCUGCAUUGUUUCGACGCCAUGUUCGCAGAAUACUGCGAUUCUUGCGGAGAACCCAUUGGUGUGGACCAAGGGCAAAUGAGCCACGAGGGGCAGCAUUGGCACGCCACUGAGAGCUGUUUUUGCUGCCAUACUUGUCAUACUAGCUUGCUGGGGAGGCCGUUUUUGCCACGCAGGGGGGCCAUAUAUUGCUCAAUCGCCUGCAGUAAAGGCGAACCUCCAACACCGAGCGACAGUUCAGGGCCAAACACGCGACUUCCACGACAAACCAGAAGUCGUCCCAGAAACAUUUCGCCAAAUGGUAGCAGUAGUCCCCCCUCCAUCUCCUCAUUCAAGGAGACACGCUCAACCCGGUUCUCCGACGAUGUCUUCCCCGUCAAGUCCGCCGCCUCCAGGCUUGCCACAUUCUCUUUCGAGAUCGCCGUAUAACUCUCCUAAAAGUUCGAGGAGAAGUCAGAGAUCUCCUAAACCUACGACUUCAUUGGCGACUACACCAACGCCAUCUGAUAACGGUGUCGGUUUCCAUAACGAGAUUAUGGAGGAAUGCAAGUUACCCUCCACGCCGAGCGUGAGAGGGUUGGAUAGGGUUUUGUUGGAGAGAAACUUGGAGAGACUUUUGACGGAAAGAACUGCUCCGCACUCACCAGAUUUGGAGAAGUUAUUGUAUGCUAGGGAUAGAAGUAGGGAGCCUUUACAUCUAGCGGAUUUGAGUCUGGAUGAUUGGCAACCUAGUAAAGUAAUGAGUGAUAAUAGUAAUGAUGAUCAGAAAUCCGAUAAUAAUAAGUCGGAUCAUACUUCAUCGGAUAAAAAUUCCUUGGAGGUUCCACCGCAUGCCUCGUCAAUGCCUGAGUUAGCUCUACAAGGGUCAAGUCAGGAGAGUACGGGGAACUCUACAACACCUGGAUCCCCGAGUAAAAAAGGUAAGGGUUUACUCAGCGUCAGAUUUCAAGGCGAUAACGAAGCUUUCGAAGGUGAUGAAGCUGAUAAUGCUACCAUGGAGGCAUCGAGAAAAUUCCCGCGAAGUAGAUCAUACGCUGGGAGAUCCCGACAUGUGGAUACUUUAGAACGACGUAAUAAACCGCGUAAAACGACGUCUGAAUCGCAAAUGGCGGGAUCAUCUCGUAGACACCACGACGAUGAUGGCGACAGUUACUGCUCUACUUGUUCAUCAUCAUCAUCCAGUGAUGAUCUGGACUAUCAACUCCCCCCUAGAAGAGCAUACGGAGGCGUGAGAAUCUCCUACGUCCCAAAUGACGCGUUGGCCAUGGCAAGGCGCAGGCAGGCAACUGCACAGCCGAAAUCCCCCGUCAAAAAACCUAGCGGAGCUUCGAUGGACGACAAAGACAAGAAUUGCAUCAUAUCCUGAUUGUUCCUUUGUUAAAGUACGUUUGCCAAAAAUUGUAUGACACGCAAUAUAUUCAGGGUAUACUGUUUAGAUUCGUAUAUUGCUUUGUGAGCCUUAUCAAGAAACAAUACAUAUUAUUAGCAUGUAUCAUUUUUUGUACAAUAAUUAUUAUAUCACUGUGUUUUCUACAUAGCUUUAUGUACAAAUUAAGGGUUUUCCAAC